AUGUAUUACGCUCCGACAGAUUAUGCUUGUGCCAGAGAUGCAAUGGUAUGCGUGAUCACAGUUGGAAGCCAGUCUCGUGAAGAUCUGCGGUCAGCCGAUUAUCUAGAGCAUAAUCUGAAAAUUUUCAAGGACGUCAUUCCUAACGUUUCCAAAUACGCGCCGAACAGCAUUCUUCUCAUUCUUUCAAAGCCAGUUGAUAUUCUAUCGUACGUUGCUAUGAAGCUGUCUGGAUUUCCACCAAAUCGUGUUAUAGGAUUGGGAACGUUUUUAGACAGCUGCAGAUUUCAGUAUUUUAUCGCUCAAAAACUCGGACUUUCAGCAAAUGCGGUUCAAGCGUUAAUCAUUGGCGAGAGCGGACCAGCUUCUGAUGGAUAUCAACAGCAACAAAGCCAAGAGAACAACAGUUUUAGUCUCACCCAUUUCAUACAGAUACCGAAUAGACCGCAAUGUCCGGAAAAUCAACGAUUGGAUAAACAUGGAAUAUGUCGAUCAGUGAAAAUGGCAAUGUUAAAGGAUCAACUUUUAACUACUGUAACAGAAUCGGUAUCAACCGGUAGAAAUAAAAUCACAGUGGUCGGUGUCGGUCAAGUUGGAAUGGCUUGUGCUUUUAGCAUUUUGACAAACCAUGUUUCGAGCGAAGUGGUAUUAAUUGAUGUAAUGGCGGACAAAUUAAAAGGAGAAAUGUUAGACUUGCAACAUGGCAGUACAUUUAUGAAGAAUGCAAAAGUGAGUGCCAGCACAGAUUAUGCCGUGUCCGCGAAUUCGAGUCUCUGCAUUGUGACAGCGGGUGCGCGUCAGCGCGAAAAUGAAACCAGAUUGGAUUUGGUUCAACGUAAUACUGAUAUUUUCAAGGGCAUUAUAUCUCAGUUAGUCAAAUAUAGCCCAAACACAAUUCUCCUCAUUGUUUCCAAUCCGGUGGACAUUUUAACUUAUGUAGCAUGGAAACUUUCCGGUUUGCCAAAGAACAAAGUUAUUGGCAGUGGUACAAAUUUAGAUUCUGCCCGCUUUCGCUUUUUGUUAUCGCAAAAACUUAAUGUCGCACCUACGUCUUGCCAUGGCUGGAUUAUCGGAGAACAUGGUGAUACCAGUGUGCCUGUAUGGUCUGGAGUUAAUGUUGCCGGAGUACGUCUACGUGAUUUGAAUGAGUAUGUAGGUACCGACAAAGAUGAGGAACAUUGGAAUGAAUUACAUAAGCAAGUGAUACAAAGUGCGUAUGAAGUUAUUAAAUUAAAGGGCUAUACCUCAUGGGCAAUAGGUCUCAGUGUGUCGCAACUUGCAUCAGCUAUACUGAGAAAUUCCAAUCAAGUGCACGCUGUGUCUACGCUGGUUACUGAUCAUCAUGGAAUUAAGGAAGAAGUGUUCUUAUCCUUACCUUGCACAUUGGGUGAAGAUGGCGUCACACACAUUGUUCAGCAGAAGCUAACAGAUGAUGAACUUGCAUCAUUGCAUACAUCUUCAGCGAUGAUGCAUAAGGUGCAAGAAGGUCUCAAAUUUUAA